AUGGCAGGCCUUGCCGCUGACACUUGCCCAGCAAAGGCAGAACCAACCCUCUCCUUCACGCAAGGCCUUAUUCUUGGCCAGCUGUCAGUGGUUCUCGUUCUUGCCGCCUUCAUCAAAUUCUUCAUCUUCGGCGACCCUCCCUCACCAGAGGUGACAGCAUCACUGAGAGCAACAGAGCGUCGGUCAAGGACCCUAGCUCAUAAGCGCUCUCUCCUCAGUCUUCGGACGGCCAACGCAAAGCAUGGCCAGCAGACGCUUAAUCGGAAGAAGUCGAGCGUCCUCCGGAACCCCCCGAAUCUUACCAUCGGUUCCAUCCUCAGCAAAACCUACUACAAUGUCGAUAGUCACCAGCCAGAAAGUUUGGACUGGUUCAAUGUCCUCGUGGCGCAGACAAUUGCCCAGUUUCGAAGCGACGCACAGCAUGACGAUGCCAUCUUGAGCUCUCUCACCAAGGCACUGAACGGAGGAUCGAGGCCCGACUUUGUAGACGAGAUCCGCGUGACGGAGCUGAGCUUGGGAGAGGAUUUCCCCAUAUUUAGCAAUUGUCGAGUCAUACCCGUUGACGAAGACGGCCUGAACUUGGGUAGCGGCAGGACUCUCAACGCGAGUGCGGCAACGAGGGAUGGCGCGAAGCUGCAGGCUCGGAUGGACGUUGACCUCAGCGACAUGCUCACUCUCGCUAUCGAGACAAAGCUUCUCCUCAACUAUCCCAAGAACCUCAGCGCUGUUCUGCCCGUAGCACUCUCAGUCUCUGUCGUAAGGUUCAGCGGCACCUUGUCGAUUUCCUUUAUCCCGAGCAACCCUUCACAGUCCACCCCGACCAUGAUGACUUUCAGCUUCAUGGAUGAUUACCGCCUCGACCUGUCAAUCAGAAGUCUUCUCGGAAGUCGUUCAAGGCUGCAAGAUGUGCCUAAAAUUGCUCAACUGAUCGAGUCGCGGUUACACCGUUGGUUCGACGAGCGAUGCGUGGAGCCGCGGUUUCAGGAGAUCGCCUUGCCGAGCAUGUGGCCGCGCAAGAAGAACACCAGGGGCCCUGAAGAUGGACUGGCCGAGAUCAACGCGUCGGUGAGUAGGGCAAAGGGGAAAGACAUAAACCCGAAUCUCCGCGCAGAAGCUCGAAGGGAAGUUGAAGCCGAGGCAAGGACGCAGACAAGUUGGGAGCACGACUCGUUACGUCGACGCAGGAUGCGUAGUGACGACGGGUUGACGAUGCCCGGCGCGAUGCCCGGGCUAGAUAUCGAUAUGAAGACCUGA